AUGAAAAGAUUCAUAUGUGGUGGGGAUAUUUCUGACAAAAGCUGCUCAAUUGAGGAAGAUUUAGCUGAUGUUGAUACUUCAAUACAAUUUAAGAAUAUACCAGACUCUUUUGUCAAUCUUCCUGCCGAGUCAUAUCCACUUGUGAUAACAUUCAAGAAAUAUCUAAUGAUGCUUGAUGGAACUUUAGGGAAUUCUUAUUUUGAAAGAUUUAGUGAUCUAUCUUCUGAGAACCUUGGUGCAAGAUCUGUUGCUUUGGAGACUUUUAUAAGGAAGAAGGAAGUGACUUAUGACAGGUUUGAUGCAUUGUAUUGGCCGCAUUUCAAUUCCCAACAUACCAAGACGUUAGAUUCAUCCAGAGUGUUUAGAGAAAUUGUGUCACAUAUAAAAGGCGGUCUGCAAUCUGUGGAGUCUGAUGAAGGGAAGUUAAGUCGUCAGGAUUAUCUUUCAUUGUCUGAAAACCGAGCGUCAAGUUUAAGCAAGCAGAAGAGGGAGAUCAUUUAUGAUAUUUAUCAAAGUUAUGAGAGAAUGAAGAUGGAUAAAGGGAAAGUUUCGGAAACAUUUUUGUUGAAUCAGAACUUUCGGGCUCAUGCUGGAGUGCUUAAGUUAUCUCAGAGCACCAUUGAACUUCUUUUCCGAUUUUUCCGCAUUCAAUUGAUGUUUUAA